UACAUCUCCCAAAAUGCAAUGCACGAGAACUAUCGUAAACAGAUUUUUCUGACGUGAAGUCACAGAAUUAAUUGCCAACAUGGCGGCUUCCAGUCGCCUGCUUCGGCUGUUCAGGAAUUGCCUGCAGGAUUCCCGUUUUCCUCUACGAGCGCUGGGGCACACUCCCGGAGAUCAAGUACGGGAGAAAACUAACAACUGGAGCAAUGGCUGUCAUCGGACUGGUCGGUACAGGACAGCCUGGGUUAUUGGUCUGGGGAUCGGAGGGGCUGCUCUGCUGUAUUCCAGGGCAGAUUCAGAGGAUCAGUCAUCACCUGGGACGAGUCCUUUGGGGAUCCGUUUUACCGGCGCCUCCCUCCAUAAUCUGCUGCCAGUAGCGCGGUGUGCUACCCCGGUCAAACCGGAUAGUCCCCGGUAUACGUACAACUUCAUCGCAGAUGUCGUGGAAAAGUCGGCGCCUGCAGUUGUUUACAUUGAGAUUGUUGGAAGGCACCCGUAUACACGCAGAGAGAUUCCGAUCUCCAACGGUUCGGGAUUCAUCAUCAGCAAGGAUGGGCUGAUAGUAACGAAUGCUCAUGUGGUGGCCAACAAGCGAGGAGUGAGAGUCAAGCUGGCUAACGGUGAGACGUACAACGCGGUCGUGCAGGAUGUGGACCAGGUAGCAGAUGUCGCCACUAUCAAGAUAAAUGCAAAGCACCCCCUCCCGACUCUGCCCCUGGGUGUGUCUGCGGAGGUGCGGCAGGGGGAGUUCGUGGUCGCCAUGGGAAGCCCCUUCGCUCUGCGCAACACCAUCACGUCCGGGAUCGUGAGCUCAGUGCAGAGAGGCAGCCGGGAGCUGGGCCUUUCCAACACCAACAUGGACUACAUCCAGACCGACGCUGCCAUCGACUUUGGAAACUCUGGCGGGCCACUCAUCAAUCUGGAUGGGGAGGUGAUUGGUAUCAACACCAUGAAAGUGACGGCAGGCAUUUCCUUUGCCAUUCCUUCAGACCACGUGAAGCAUUUCCUCAACAGCACAGAGGAAAGGAAGAAAUCUUGGUUUGGUGAAUCAGAAGCAAAGCGUCGCUAUGUGGGUGUGAUGAUGCUGACAUUAACUCCCAGCAUCAUCGCCGAACUGAAGCUCCGCGACCCCACUUUCCCAGACGUGACCCAUGGGGUCUUGAUUCACAGGGUCAUCAUGGGUUCGCCGGCAUACAGGGCUGGUGUGAAACCAGGCGAUGUAGUGCUGGAGAUCAACGGCAAGCAGGUGAAGACAGCAGAAGAAAUCUACAACGCAGUGCGCACCUCUGACAGCAUUAACAUGGUCGUGAAAAGACAAGACGACCUGCUUAUUCUGCACAUGACUCCUGAGGUCACAGAAUAAACCUCAUGAGCUCGGCAGGACACUUCAUCAAGUAGCAAGAACACUUGGUGGAUGUUAUUUCAGAAUGUUUGUGUUCAAAAAAGCCUGAAAAGGACUUAUUUUUUAAUUACCUUCAUAUCUUUUGCUCUGGAACUGGAGAUGGAUUGGAGACACAUUUUAUGAAUGUGGACUUGCUUUAGCCUUAAUGAAUAUGAUUAAGAUUAGAAACCAUGUCUUCCCACUGUCUCAUGCGUAAUAGAAUUGUAUGUUUUCUGUGAGACCCACAGUGUUGAAAAUAUUCACCAUGAUAAAUAUUCUCAUUUGCCUAAAUAACUUAAAUGAUUGGACAGUAAGAAAAAAUAAAUGUAUUUGGUUUUGACUCAA